AUGACGACACUCCCUUCAUCGCCAUCUCCGACAUUCGGCGACCCAACUUCCUUAUUAUUUCACAUCCUCACAUUCAGUCGCAUGCCACCCUUCCUCCCCCGAAAGCGCGUAUCCUCCGAGGACCCGCCCCCGGGGAAGCGCCAGGCCCGGCCCGAUAAUCCUCAAGCUCCUCAAGCUCCCUUCCAUCUCUCCGACUCCGACUCCGAUUCUAACUCGUUGAGCGACGCGCCUGAAGGUCUCCUCAACAAGGGCGAUGAAUCUCAUGUGUCUGAGGAAUCUGAAGAUGAAGAAGAAGAUAUUGACUGGGAGGAUGCGAUAGACACAAGGACCAGCGCCAUUACACCUACCGUCGCGUCUCCAGAGCUACAGGACCUAGAAUUGACCCUAGAUCAAAAUGAGACACAUGUGUCUGAUCUUCUGGAUGGUAAAAAGGGGCCUAGUAAGAUCGAACGCCAAAUCCGGAUCCAGACACACUGUAUGCAUGUCCAAUGCUUGCUUUUCCACAACGCUAUCCGCAAUGCCUGGAGCAAUGAUUCCAAAGUCCAUGAGAUCCUGCGCAAAAAGCUGCCGGAAGGGAUCCACAAGGAAGUCAAGAAAUGGCGCAUAGCGUCAGGGUUAGAACUCCCAGAGCCGAAACCUGAACCGCCCAAGAGUAAGAAGAAGGGCAAAAAGGCCCAGAAGAAUAAAGACUGGAGUGAUGGGUCAGAACGACUGGAACCAGGCCAGCCGGACAUGAGCCGUGGCGAUCCAAUCAUUACGUUGAUUAAAGUGCUGGUCGCAUACUGGAGGAAGCAGUUUCGCAUCACGGCGCCAGGACUGCGGAAGAAUGGAUACCGACCAGUAUCUGCUCUUGAAACCGCUAUCACCGAGUUUCGUGAAGAAGAGCAUGAUCCAGAGCGCCAUGGUGAACGUAUCGCCAAUCUCGACGGGUUCCGCGCGAUCGCCGAGAGUAUGCAGGGAUCACGGGACGCCGGCGCGCAGCUCUUCACGGCUCUCGCCCGCGCUUUAGGCAUUGAGGCCAGACUCGUGGGUAGUUUGCAGCCGCUGGGCUUUGGUUGGACCAAGGGAGAGGCCUACACACCUGUCGCACCUUCCAAGGCAGAUAAGGAACCCGAGAACAAAGGGGAGUCGGAAGGAUCAGAGCCUGAUACUGACGCAGCUGAAAAUAAAGUACCAGCGAAGGGACGCAAACAAUUUGACAAGGACCUGCCAUUUCCUAUCUACUGGACCGAAGUCGCCUCACCCGUCACGAAUGAGAUUAUAUCCGUCGACCCGCUUGUACUUUCCAACCCCGUCGCGCCAUUUGCAGAUACAGAUCUACAAGCAAACUUCGAGCCUCGUGGUGCAAAGGCAGACCGGGCCAAACAAGUUAUAUGCUAUGUUGUCGCCCACUCGUCAGAUGGUACUGCUAAAGAGGUCACAACAAGAUACCUUCGACGGCGGACCUGGCCCGGCAAAACUAAGGGCUUCCGAAUACCCUUGGAAAGAGUACCUGUAGGACCACGCGGGCACUACAUCGCCUUCGACUGGUUCGGGAUGGUAAUGCGCGGGUACCAGCGAGCCCGCAAGAGCAAAACAGCAGUCGACAAACUCGAAGAAACCCGAGAUCUACAACCUAACCAACCCGAGAAAAAGAAAACAACGCAGACAGUCGACACCCUCCAAAGUCUCCGAACCUCGACCGAAUUUGUGCUUGAGCGCUUCCUCCGCCGCGAAGAAGCCCUCCGCCCCGGCGCCGAAUCCGUCCGAACGUUCAUUGCCGGAAAAGGCGCCCGGGCCAAAGAAGAACCCGUCUUCCGACGAGCAGACGUGUUAAAAUGCCUCUCCGCCGAAAGCUGGCACAAAGAAGGCCGCCAGCCGAAACCAGGCGCGGUAGCCCUCAAGCGCGUGCCCAUUCGCGCCGUCACACUCAUACGCAAACGCGAAGUCGAUGAACUGCACCGUCAGACCGGUGAGAAGCCACUGCAGGGUCUGUACGCCCGCGAUCAGACGGAAUACAUUAUCCCGCCGCCUAUUCAGGAUGGUCGCAUCCCCAAGAACGAAUAUGGUAAUAUCGACUGUUUCGUGCCCAGUAUGGUCCCCGCGGGCGCGGCGCAUGUCCCCUUACCUGGUACCGUGCGGGUGUGUAAGAAGCUCGGCAUUGACUAUGCGGAGGCAGUCACGGGGUUCGAGUUUGGGUCGAAGAUGGCUGUGCCGGUUAUUCAGGGUGUUGUUGUUGCCGCUGAGAAUGAGGUUCUACUUAGGGAUGCUUGGAAGGUUGAAGCCGCGGAGAAGAGGAAGAAGGAAGAGCUCAAAGCCGAGAAAAAGAUUUUGCAGACGUGGAGGAAGUUUUUAUUUGGGUUACGGAUUAUGGAGCGGGUGAGAGAUGAGUAUGGGGGUGGGGAUCCAGAUGCUGAUCGGGAGCGCGAUUCGCAUAAUCCCUUUGCCGCGCAGAAGAAAAAGCAGGAGGAGGAAUCGGAUGGUAAUGGCGAUGACGAAGAAAUGCCUGAUCGGGAGUCGUCAUAUAACGCGAUCGAUCAUGGUGGCGGAUUUCUUCUUCCUGGUCAUGAAGAUGACGCAGACGAUGGCUUGAUUGUCGAGCACCAUGAUCAGCAGCGGGGUCAUGCAGGUCCGCCUUAUGGUGACCCCAAUGACAACGAGCCAUUCGAAUCUGGAUCCCCUGCUGCAGACUCCUCGCCUGUGUCUAUCUCGUCGGGUUCAGACAACGAGGUGGAUAUUGGCGAGGGCGAAGACGCAGAACCCGAAUACGUACCUCGCCCUACACGACGAACGCGAGGUCGUUAA